UCUCCGCGUGUGUACGAAACCGAGGCAUUUUGUAGUUAAUCCCUGAUAUAUUUCUUCUCUUAGUGGAAGAGGACAACGACCAUGGCGAAUCAAGCUGAAUCAUCAGAUUCGAAGGGGACGAAGAGGGAUUUUAGCACUGCGAUUUUGGAGCGAAAGAAAGCGCCGAAUCGUUUGGUGGUGGACGAGGCGAUCAGCGAUGAUAAUUCUGUCGUGUCUCUUCACCCAGAGACCAUGGAGAAGCUGCAGCUGUUUCGUGGGGAUACUGUCUUGAUUAAGGGAAAGAAGAGGAAGGAUACAGUUUGUAUCGCCUUGGCUGACGAUACAUGCGAAGAGCCGAAAAUAAGGAUGAACAAAGUGGUGAGGUCGAAUUUGAGGGUUAGGCUUGGCGAUGUUAUUUCUGUUCAUCAGUGCCCUGAUGUCAAGUAUGGGAAACGUGUUCAUAUUUUGCCCAUAGACGAUACCAUUGAAGGUGUUACCGGGAAUCUCUUUGAUGCAUACCUGAAACCGUAUUUCUUGGAGGCAUACCGUCCAGUGAGGAAGGGUGACCUCUUCCUAGUCCGUGGAGGCAUGAGAAGUGUCGAGUUUAAGGUUAUUGAGACCGAUCCUCCCGAGUACUGUGUGGUAGCUCCGGAUACAGAAAUUUUCUGCGAGGGUGAGCCUAUAAAGAGAGAAGAUGAAGAUAGAUUGGAUGAAGUUGGAUAUGAUGAUGUGGGUGGUGUCAGGAAACAAAUGGCCCAGAUUCGGGAACUCGUCGAGCUACCACUGAGGCAUCCGCAGCUCUUCAAGUCUAUCGGUGUGAAGCCACCGAAGGGGAUUUUGCUUUACGGGCCACCCGGUUCAGGAAAGACUUUGAUUGCCCGAGCCGUGGCUAAUGAAACCGGUGCGUUUUUCUUCUGUAUCAAUGGUCCCGAGAUCAUGUCCAAGUUGGCUGGCGAGAGUGAGAGCAACCUAAGGAAAGCCUUUGAGGAAGCCGAGAAGAACGCUCCAUCGAUCAUCUUCAUUGAUGAGCUCGAUUCAAUCGCUCCCAAAAGAGAGAAAACGCACGGAGAAGUCGAGAGGAGGAUCGUUUCCCAGCUCUUGACGCUUAUGGAUGGACUCAAAGCUCGAUCCCAUGUGAUUGUUAUCGGAGCAACUAACCGUCCAAACAGCAUUGAUCCAGCUCUUAGAAGAUUCGGACGGUUCGACAGAGAAAUCGAUAUCGGUGUUCCUGAUGAAGUCGGACGCCUCGAGGUUCUCAGGAUCCACACCAAGAACAUGAAGCUCGCUGAAGAUGUGGAUUUGGAAAGGAUAGCUAAAGACACCCAUGGCUAUGUCGGUGCUGAUCUUGCAGCAUUAUGCACUGAAGCUGCCCUCCAAUGUAUCAGGGAGAAGAUGGACGUAAUCGAUCUCGAAGACGAGGAGAUAGAUGCCGAAAUUCUCAAUUCCAUGGCUGUGACGAACGAGCAUUUCCAGACCGCUCUCGGUAACAGCAAUCCUUCUGCUCUUCGUGAGACGGUUGUCGAGGUGCCUAAUGUUUCUUGGGAAGACAUUGGUGGUCUUGAGAACAUCAAAAGGGAGCUCCAAGAGACUGUACAAUAUCCCGUCGAGCACCCUGAGAAAUUCGAGAAGUUCGGGAUGUCGCCGUCUAAAGGUGUCCUUUUCUACGGUCCACCAGGUUGCGGGAAAACCCUCUUGGCCAAAGCUAUUGCGAACGAGUGCCAAGCAAAUUUCAUCAGUGUUAAGGGUCCUGAACUUCUCACCAUGUGGUUCGGAGAGAGCGAGGCCAAUGUCCGAGAGAUUUUCGAUAAGGCCCGUCAAUCAGCUCCUUGCGUUCUUUUCUUCGAUGAGCUCGACUCUAUUGCCACUCAGAGAGGAAGCAGUGUGGGAGAUGCGGGUGGCGCAGCGGAUAGGGUUUUGAACCAGCUUCUUACCGAGAUGGACGGUAUGUCUGCCAAAAAGACGGUGUUCACCAUCGGAGCAACAAACAGACCAGACAUCAUCGACCCUGCGCUUCUCCGUCCUGGUCGUCUCGACCAACUCAUCUAUAUCCCUCUUCCCGACGAGGAAUCCCGUCACCAAAUCUUCAAGGCGUGCCUGAGGAAAUCGCCAGUCGCCAAGGAUGUCGACCUGAGGGCUCUCGCGAGAUACACUCAAGGCUUCAGCGGGGCGGACAUCACCGAGAUUUGCCAGCGCGCUUGCAAAUACGCCAUACGAGAGAACAUCGAGAAGGAUAUCGAGAGGGAGAGGAGGAGACGGGACAACCCGGAAGCGAUGGAGGAGGAUGUGGAGGACGAAGUAGCGGAGAUAAAAGCCGCUCACUUUGAGGAAUCCAUGAAAUUCGCGAGGAGGUCGGUGAGCGAUGCAGAUAUACGCAAGUACCAGACCUUCGCUCAGACGCUGCAGCAAUCUCGGGGGAUCGGGACAGAGUUCAGGUUCACGGAAACAGCUGGCUCGGGUGGCACGGCAGCUGGUGGGGCCGACCCAUUCGCCGCUUCGGCAGGAGGAGCUGACGACGAUGACGAUCUCUACAGUUAAAAGAAAGAUGGUUUCCUGAGCCGUUGGAUGUGUUGUGUUUGUAUAUAAACUUUUAAGAGCUUUCUCAGAAGUGUGUUGAGUUUUUUCUGCGGGUUGUGGUGUUAUUGUAAAUAAAUAAAAUGGACAAAUACUCAAAGUUAUGUUCAUAUAUGUAUGUGUUAUGGUGUUAUUGUAAAUAAAUAAAAUGGACAAAUAAUCAAACUUAUGUCCACA